UCCGCGCCAUCCUGCUUCCGCAGAACCGCUUGACCAUUCCGUCGGACCGCUUUGCCCGCCCAAUUUGAACACCAAAGAUGCACCGCCGGCAUUUUAAUGCACCUACGUUCGGGUAAAGUCAAGAAGAGCGCGGUUGCAAAUCAUCCUCGCAAACCCAUUACUACAAUGCCUGAUAAGAAGGACCAGGGUGCGCCCGCACAAGAUAUGUGCAACAUUAUUGCCCAGCUGACCGCGCUGCUCGAGCAUCAGACAAACAUAACUCCAGCAGCCAGUUUCCAUUUGCAGCUCGCUGUGCCUACAUAUGAAGGGCACACAGAUACGAAAUCGGUGGCGGACUUCCUUCAGGAAAUGGAAGAUUACCGCAAUGCGCAAGCCAUUACGGAUGACGUUCUUCUUCAGCGCGUUUUGCCCGUCGCCCUGACUGGGUCCGCCGCCCGCUGGCGUCGUCGCCAGUCAUUCCAAAGUUGGGCGCACUUUGAGCACCUACUGCGAGCAGAAUUCCUCCCCCCCGACUACGUUGUCCGCAUGAAAGACGAGCUUCGCGCCCGUAGUCAGGCGGAGGAGGAAAGCCUCCUAGAAUACAUACGGUCCUUUCAGGAGCUUUACGAGCGCGCAGAUCCUUCAGCACCCGAAACGGAAAGAGUCACCCGGGCAAUCCGGCAAGCUCACCCACGCUUCCAGGCUUAUCUAAGGGGCCGCACCUUCUCUUCGCUUGACGAUCUCGCUAAAGCGGCGUCCGACAUUCAGGCGGCGAUGUUGGCAGAGCUAACUUACCAGCCUCCACCCCGGCCUCAAGCCUCCCUCGAGCCGUCUUGCGCGUGGCACGGUUCUCAGAUUGCAAGCCCGGGGAAUAUGGUACCGCCUCCAAGGGCGCUGGACCCAUUCACUCACCGCACCUUUGCCACCCAGGUACCUUUCCGGCCUCCGGUCGCGGAACCUGCCACAACGUUGCGAGGCACUCGGGGCCGCAGCAGGCCUGUAGUGGCUGCCGCCCAAUCAGGCGCAGCAGAUACACGCAGGAGCAUUCCAGUCUGCUUCCAGUGUGGAGGACGAGGCCACUACAGGAGCCAGUGCCCGAGCCCCCCUGGCUCCCGCCAGCAGGGAAACGACGAGGGCCGGCGGUGGUGAGCAGCUCCCAGUCGCCGGCCAACGACCUACCGCGCCCCGACGUCCCCUCGGCACAUGCAGACUACGCGGCCGUCAAGCACCAAGCGGGGGCAGGCGUUUCCAAGACUACGAAAAGCCGGGUGUUUUGGUCGUCUCACCAUCCUGCUGCCAUGGCGUUGAGCCGCGGACAACCUCGGCAGCGGGGAGGGGGAAAGAAACGGCUCCUCACACUCGAAUCACCACCGGCAUCAACGGUAGUAGGUGUACCGGAAAGGUGUCGCCCCCCCAGAUCGAAGGCCCAGGAUCUUGGACAAAUGGCCGCAGGCAUCACCAUUAACCCCCGGAAGGUUCAACUGGUUUCGACCAGAAUAAACCUCCUAGGUUUCAUUGUCGAGCAAGGCACAUUCCGGCCUGACGAGGAGAAACUCCGGGCCAUACUGCAGCUUCCACCACCAACAGACGUCAAGAGCCUGCAGCGGUAUUUGGGCAUGGUGGGCUUCUACCGCCACUUUAUCCCCAACUGCGCUGACCUGGCAAGACCUCUCCACCAGCUCCUACGGAAAGGUGCCAGUUGGCAGUGGACUGACGUGGAGCAGGGAUCAUUUCGGGCUCUGUCGUCGGCUAUCGCCGAUACCGCACGUCUGCUGCUUCCCGACCUCAACCUGCCAUUCACCGUGCAGACCGAUGCAAGUGAGUAUGGCAUCGGCGCAGUCUUGCUUCAGAAGCACCAAGGAAA